CCUUCUCUCGCCGUCGCCGCCUCGCCGUCCGCCGUUGUAGCCAUGGAUCUGGCUCUCAGCCGCCGCCUCCUGGCGGCGGCGGCGGCCCUCCUCGUCCUCGCUUCCUUGGCUUCGCGAUCCGGCGCAGAGGUCAUCACCCUCACCGAGGAGACCUUCUCCGACAAGAUAAAGGAGAAAGACACGAUAUGGUUUGUGCAGUUCUGCGUUCCAUGGUGUAAACACUGCAAGAACCUUGGAACACUUUGGGAGGACCUGGGAAAGGUUAUGGAAGGUGCGGAUGAAAUAGAGAUAGGGCAAGUGGAUUGUGGUGUUAGCAAACCAGUGUGCUCAAAGGUAGAUAUUCAUUCAUACCCAACAUUCAAGGUGUUUUAUGAAGGCGAAGAAGUUGCAAAAUAUAAAGGCCCAAGGAAUGUGGAGUCACUGAAGAAUUUUGUUUUGGAUGAAGCUGAGAAGGCUGGAGAAGCCAAUCUUCAGGACAAUUGAAGUGGAUCUCGAGUGUUCCAUCCUACCACAUGAAAGCAACAGUGUGUGCUGUUUGACGUGCUCAAACUUUUUGAUAUAGCGAGCUUCUGUUGCCUCCUGUUGUUUAGUAUAGAAUGUUAAACACUCCAUGAGUUGCAAAAAAAAACUAUAUGUAUUUUUCUGGUACAUACUCAAUUACAGCAUGCUAUACUCAGGGGCAAAACUAGGAUCUCAUGGCCAUAUUCACUAGUAAUUAUGAAAAAAAGAUGAAAAGACGGAAAAUAUACAUAUUUUACUA